AUGUUCCCAAGGAAUUUACGGCUGGCCCUAAUGCUGACAGCAAUGUUUGCGUGGACAUCAGUGGUGUUUUGGGUAACGAAAACACAUCGACCCACCUUCACGGAAGACGGGAGAUUGGUGAUCAACCCGCCACUGAUGGAAGCCAGAUUUUACCAACAUUCUGAUAGAAGAAGCAACUCAGCAAUAAAACGAAACAGGAAAGGCACCAAUGUCAAUAAAUUAUUUCACAGAAAACAGAAGCUUGAGUUAGGUCCAAUGGGUAACAAUGGCGGAAAUCACCGACACAGUUUCUCUGAAACAAUCCAAGAAUUUGGCAUUGCUUUGUUUAAAGAUACAGAUCCAAAACGUUUUUACAUUAACGUUAACAAAUCUCACCAAACCCCUGUGGAUCGGGAGGUACCAGAUACACGACCUGUCGAUUGUACAUCAGUUCAAUAUGAUAUUGCUUCACUUCCGGUUGCGUCGGUAGUAAUAUCUUUGCAUAAUGAACCAUGGUCUACAUUCGAAAGGCUUAUAAACAGCAUUAUAAGGCAUUCGCCUCCAUCGCUUAUUCGUGAAAUCAUCAUAAUUGACGAUAUGAGUGAUCUAGAACAUUUGGGAGCACCCUUGGAUGCUUACGCUGAUCAAUACGAAUUCAUACGAAUACACAGAGCUAAGGAAAGACUCGGAACUAUGAAAACAAGAGUUCUAGGGACUUCGAUUGCCAAAGGGGAUGUGGUUGUUUUCUUGGAUUCACAUACAGAGGUCAAUGUUGGCUGGUUGGAACCUUUAUUAUACGAAAUCGGACGAGAUCAUACAUCUAUUAUACAACCUUCUAUUGACACCAUUGACCCGGAAACCUUUCAAUAUAGCCGGUAUUUCGACAAUGAUAUGAGAGGUCAUUUCCAAUGGAGUAUGGCGUUCAGUUUUGUACCAUUAACCCCAAAACAAAAAUCGGAAGUUAAUUCAAAUCCGACAAAAGCAUUCAAAACCCGCUGA